AUGGCUGAAUUGUCCAAUGAUGAGUUGGAGAAGGCAAAGGAAACAGCUGAAGAAUGGUCCAACAACUUUCCUCCUCCCAAGAUACAGGCACAAGUCGCUUGUAAGAAAGGACCUGCAUAUAUGGAGUACUUUUCGAAGGAGAUGUGGAGGCAAUGCAGGAUGAGAGUGUUUGUGAUGUUGGCUUGGAAGAAUGAACAGGGAGAGGUGCUGUUCAGGAUGCACAAUGAUAAUGAGGCAUUAGGAGAUGGGGACAGCUUCAUGAAGACAAAGGACUGGGAGGACAUUGAGCUGGUUUGGCAGGAAAAGCCUGCUUUCAAACUGGAAACUGAUGGAGAUGGGAUGCCAUUGCUUCCAGACAUCACUGAAAUGAAACUUGAGGAGAAGAAGGCCAUAGUGAGGGCAUUUCUUACAUUGCACUAUUGGAUCUGUUCUGGGAGUGACAAGGCAGUUGUGCCAUGGAGCGCCAUCAUACAAAGUCAGGAUGACUUUGUGGCAAGGAAGUAUGUUCUGGUGGAUGUGGACUUGAAGGAGCCUUCCAAGUUGCAAAAUUGGGACACCAUGGCCUUACUCAAUUUCUGGCAUGCUCAGCAGGAGAAAGGUGAAGGACCAAUAUUCCUGUUCAAAGCAUGGAUGUCAUAUCCCAUAUACCAGACAUGGAUCCCAUCAUAUUCCCACGCUGUCCGGACCUAUUUCUGGACCCUAUAUCCAACUCAUUCCCAGAUCCUCUUCCACCAUGUGCUCUACACCUCAGCAGGAUUAGCUCUGCUAUGGAAUUACCCCUGA